AUGGAGUACGAUACUUUCACCGCGACCCAGUACAACACCAGCGACGCGACUUCGUUCGCCCACACAUCAGCGCGCGAGCGAUGGCCGAUCAUCAUUACCCAGGGCAUUGACGACGUGCACAAGUCCACCUCGGCGUCCAAAGAGGAGGAGACGGUGAAGGAGGGCAAGCAGAUCGUCGCGGACUUGGCCAAGCUGAAGUACGAGCUGCAGCACGACCGCGAACUGACGCCGAUCCCGGACGACGGCGAGGCAGACGUGACCGCAUACAACGAGGAACUGGCAGCGAGAGGGAAUCCCAAGUGGCACAGCGUGCCCUGGCUGUACGCCGAGUGCUACUUGUACCGACGCAUUUCGAGUAUCUUCAGGCAGACCAAGAACUGGCGCUCCUACGACCUCUUCGCCCGCCAGAAGAUGUCCACCUUCAAGUCCUCUCGCCCCGCCGUCCUCGAACUUGCCGGUCGCUAUAAAGACAUCGUCACCGAGUUGCAGCAGAAACGCGCAGCCAAGGGCGCAGAGACGCAGGAGCAGCUCGAGGCCGCUGAAGAGAUUCUCUUCAGGGAGAUGUGCGAGAUCUGCCUGUGGGGCAACGCUACCGACUUGUCCCUCCUGACAAACCUCUCAUACGAGGACAUCCAGAAGCUGCAGGGCUCAGAAGCGCGCAAGAACGCGGAGAAGAACAUCCUGGUUAACGACCUCGACCAGGCCUUCAAGGUUUUAACCGCUGCACAGAAGGCAGGCAAGAAAGACCGCAGAGUCGACAUCGUCCUCGACAAUGCCGGCUUCGAACUCUUUGUCGACCUCAUCUUGGCGGGCUACCUCGUUGCGUCAGGCCUCGCAACCUCCGUCGUCUUCCACCCCAAGUCAAUCCCCUGGUUUGUAUCCGACGUGCUGCCUACGGACUUUGCCGCGCUACUCAGCGCCCUGGCGAGCCCACAAGCAUUCUACAGCGCCCCUUCGGAAGAGGACGAGGCCGCCGGCAAGCAGCCGCAGCCUUUGUCAGACGCCGAGCUUGGCAGCUUGCAAUUCCUUUUCCAGCACUGGAUGAGCAUAUACUCCGAAGGCCAAUUGGCCCUGCGACCAAACGACUUCUGGACUGCCGCAGGUGGCUACUGGAGACUUCCCAAGGCGGAACCGCAGCUAUACGAAGACCUCAAGACGAGCGAGCUCGUCAUUUUCAAGGGUGAUCUGAACUACCGCAAACUGACCGCUGACGCCGAAUGGCCAGCGACAACACCUUUCACAGAUGCUAUCGGCCCUAUGGGUCCUGGCUCCGGUGUCCGUGUUCUCGCACUCCGCACAUGCAAGGCUGACGUCGUUGUUGGCCUGCCGGAAGGCAAGGACGAGGAGCUCAAGCAGAUGGCAGGCGGGAGCACAGAGAAUGGAGCACGGAAGUGGGCGUGGAGCGGUAAGUGGGCCGUAGCUCAGUUCUCGGAUGGUAAGGCGUAG